AUGCCGCCCUCGCUCUCCUUUCUCGUCGCUGAGACAUGCUUCUUCAUUUCCAUGGUCCCAGCCCUCCGUUGGAUUCGUGGCAGCUGUCCUAGGAUCGGAAAGAAGCUGGCACAGCUCAACAACUCUGGCUACGCAUGUGCGAGUCUUCUCUUCGUACCAUGGGCCGGGGCUGUGCUUCUUCCGGAGCUUUUGCAGGGGGAAUCUUGGAGUGCAAACCUCCCUCGGAGAGGAGAGGUCGACAUGAUCUUCGGCGUUUACUUUUAUUCGAAGGCAUGGGAGUUCCUGGACAUAAUCUUUGUGUCCUUGAUGGGCAUUCAGCCAAAUCUCCAUUUCAUUGUGCACCACACCACCACGCCGUGCCUGGCGUGGCUAGUGUGGACCUACAGGUCUGCUAGUGGGGCUGUCUUCCUCCUCGCGAAUGUUCUCAUGCAUGUCUUCCUGUACGCGUACUUUGGCGGGGCGAAGUCCAACUUCGUCUUUCAAUGUACCCGCAUCUGCGGGCAUGUACAGCUCGUGAUUGGCAUUCUUGGAAGUACUUUGGUCUUACGCCAGAAGCUGGCACAAGGCUCAAGCUUUGUAGAUGGUGCCACCGCAGCAGAAGGAUGUCUGCUUUUCCUGUACCUCACAUACUUGGCUCUACUCCGCAAGGAGCUCGCCGGUGAACGUCGGCAAAAGCAGCACGCCAAAGUGAUCUAG